AAUGUAAACUAAAUAUAAAAGCGAAACCAUGUUUCUGAAAGACCCUUGCGGUGUUUGUUGCAUUUUAAUAACUUAUGUUUCGGUUUUUUACGCCGAUUAUGUUAUAGUUAAAUGGGUGGUGUUGCAAUCGAUGGUUAAUAGUUUAUGGGGUUCCUUCAAUGUGGUCAUGUUCAAUACUGUAAUUUUAUUCCUGUGUAUGGCCCACUUUCGGGCUGUUUUCACAGACCCUGGAACUUUGCCUUUGUUUCCCAGUAAAUUGGACUUUUCCGAUAUGCAUUCCUCUGAGUCUGGUAUUACAUGGCAAAGAUUUAGGCCUCCUUUUAACAAAAAUAAUUCUGGCUGUGAUUAUGUUGAUUGGACGGUUUGCACACGUUGCGAAAUUUACAGGCCCCCAAGGGCGCAUCAUUGCCGCAUUUGCAGGCGGUGUAUUCGAAGAAUGGACCAUCAUUGUCCUUGGAUUAAUAAUUGUGUGGGCGAACGCAACCAAAAGUAUUUCCUUCAGUUUCUUAUUUAUGUCGGAGUAUUAUCUGUUUAUGCAAUAGUAUUGGUCAGUGUUUCGUGGAUAACGGAGUGUAAAGACUGCAGUCAGGAAAUUCCAAUCAAGCAGGCCAGAAUAAUGCAUUCAGUAGUUCUGCUACUGAUAAGCGCCCUGUUUGGCAUGUUCGUUUCUGCGAUUCUUGUGGACCAAAUCCAAGCCAUUGUAACAGACGAGACGGCUGUAGAACACGUACAAAACCAAGGUCCUUAUCGCCCCCAUAAACCAAAAAUGACACUUCUGAGCGAUGUUUUUGGACGCGAGCACCCUCUUUUGUGGCUUUUGCCUUGUUCUUCCACCAAGCGAAAACUCGAUACUCCUUUAAUUAAUCAUCAUGUUUAAUUGCCUCGAUUUUAUAUUGAAUUGAACUUUUCUAGUCUUAAUUUAGGGUGAAGUUAUAAGGAACAAUCUUUUACAUGACGUAUUAUUUUGCUUUUUAUUUUUAUUAAAAUAUGGAAAACAGGA